UCACAGUGUGGGAAGAGCUUCAGGUUCCAGAGUGAACUCAAAAAACACCAGCGCAUCCACACUGGAGAGAAACUGUUUCAGUGCUCACAAUGUGGAAAGAGUUUUAAUAGACAGAGUCAUCUUGAACAACACCAGCGUAUUCACACAGGAGAGAAACCAUAUCAGUGCUCACAGUGUGGGAAGAGUUUUAAUACACUGGGUAAUCUUAAAAUACACCAGCACAUUCACACUGGAGAGAAACCAUAUCAGUGCUCACAGUGUGGGAAGGGUUUUACUACACGGAUUGCUCUCAAAAAUCACCAGCGCAUUCACACUGGAGAAAAACCGUAUCAGUGCUCACAGUGUGGGAAGACUUUUAAUCAACAGUGUCAUCUUAAACAACACCAGCGCAUUCACACUGGAGAGAAACCAUAUCAGUGCUCACAGUGUGGGAGGAGUUUUAAUCGUCAGAGUCUUCUCAAAAUACACCAGCGCAUUCACACUGGAGAAAAGCCGUAUCAGUGCUCACAGUGUGGGAAGAAUUUUAGUAAACAGAGUGUUCUCAAAAAUCACCAGCUCAUUCACACUGGAGAGAAACCGUAUCAGUGCACACAGUGUGGGAAGAGUUUUAAUCGUCAGAGUCUUCUCAAAAUACACCAGCGCAUUCACACUGGAGAGAAACCGUAUAAGUGCUCACAGUGUGGAAAAAGUUUUAAUCAACAGAGUAAUCUCAAAAUACACCAGCGCAUUCACACUGGAGAGAAACCGUAUUAUUGCUCACAAUGUGGGAGGAGUUUUAAUCAACAGAGUAAUCUCAAAGAACACCAGCGCAUUCACAACGGAGAGAAACCGUAUCAGUGCUCACAGUGUGGGAAGAGUUUUUUUUAUUUAACAACAUUUAAGAAACACAAGUGUGACACAUUCAGUUGUACCGAAUAAAAGAAGGGUUUGAUUUUUACAUUUACAUUUACGUUUUCUGCAUUCAGCAGACGCUCUUAUCCAGAGCGACUUACAGAAGAGCUUCCAUAGUAAACUUUUCAUUUCUCAAGUUUUAGUAA